CAAAACUUUAUAGGCGAAAGACAUUCAUUUCAAAAAUAAGAUCCUAAACUUUAAAUUUCCACUAAUAUGAUUGGUUAGACUUUGUUCAUCUUUUAAGAUUUCAAGAGAUAAAUGGGCCAGAAAUAGUUGGGCCUUGAAUAUUAGAUAAAACGACGCCAUAUCAACACCUCUCUCGUUAAAAGUUACAAACGCGACUCUCUGAUCCUAAAUUUCGUUGUACAGAGAAGAAGCAAAAGAGAGAAACAUCUGACCCGGAAUCUGACCUGAAAACCCGGAAGAAUCGAAAAAUGGGGAAAGAUGGUCUGAGCGACGAUCAGGUCUCGUCGAUGAAGGAAGCCUUCAUGCUCUUCGACACCGAUGGCGACGGCAAAAUCGCACCGUCAGAGCUCGGGAUCCUCAUGCGAUCUCUCGGCGGAAACCCGACCCAAGCCCAGCUGAAAUCCAUAAUCGCAUCCGAGAAUCUCUCUUCACCGUUUGAUUUCAACAGAUUCCUCGAUCUCAUGGCGAAACAUCUGAAGACGGAACCUUUCGAUCGCCAGCUCCGUGACGCAUUCAAAGUGCUCGAUAAGGAAGGUACCGGGUUCGUUGCUGUGGCGGAUCUGAGGCAUAUUCUGACCAGUAUCGGAGAGAAGCUGGAGCCUAAUGAGUUCGAUGAGUGGAUCAAGGAGGUGGAUGUUGGAUCCGAUGGAAAGAUCCGGUAUGAAGAUUUCAUAGCAAGGAUGGUUGCUAAGUGAGAUCUAAUCUUUUAUGUUUUGAAAGUUGAAAUUUUUAAGAAGAGAUUCUUUGUGUUUUUUUCACUUGUUUGUUUGAUUUCGAGCGAAUCCUAGCUAGGGUUUGUUUUAUCAUUGUGGAAUUUGCUUACUAACUUUGUCUUCUUCAUGUUUGUUUUCAUUUUUAAUGGAAAUGUUGUCUGUGUGAUUCCUCUUAUCUUAUCUAAUCUCUAAGAAUGUCAAGGUUUGUCUUUUAUGCCUUUGUAAUUCGUUGGAUUGGGGUCAAGGAAUCUCAUUGAUUCCCAAUGUGGUAACUUUUCGCUCUUUCGAUCUUGAAAUGUUUGAUUUCGAUAUCUAGCAUUGAAUUCUUUUAAUAAGCCUUUUUGUUUGUUUAAGACUUGGUUUAAUGUUCUUCAUGUUAUAGUAGUCUUCUUGAAUGAGAUACUAUCUUCUUGUUUCAUAACCUUAUCCUGGCACGAUCUGUGACAAGGACUGUGUUUUGUUGGUAUGUGAAGUGGAAAGUAAAAAGAUUGCGAAAUGAUUUAAAGAUCUUUUGUUGCUCUCAAGCUUGUGCUGUUCAAUAUCGUGUUGUUAUGUUGCUGUUGGAUGUUGUUUGUCUUUCAGGGCGGCAUGUUGUACCUAGAUAACAUGGUUUAAGGUAAUAAAGCUUAUGAUGGCUCAUCAGAACAAAGUUUUGAAAAAGCUUAUGGCACUGACAUUGUAGUUCAUGUUCUCGAAACGGUAGUUUUUGACUCGGUUUUGGUUCUUGUUAUGGUAUAGUUUUCUUGUGUAGAUGGUUAUGCGAAAAUGAAAUUUCAAUCUGAUGCAAGUUUCAAAGUUUGAUUAGAUACAUGCAUUCUCUAUAUGUUCC